AUGGCGGACGACUAUCAAGUUCAAUCAAAUGGAGGUGAUGCAAUUAGGAAACCGCUACUAGAACUAUACGUUAAGGCUUCUGGUAUUGACAGUCGACGAAUUGGAGCAUGUCUUUUUUGUCAAGAGUUUUGGAUGGAACUGUAUGCACUCUACGAAAUUGGUGUUGCCAGAGUUGAAGUAAAAACUGUAAAUGUCAACUCGGAAGCGUUCAAGAAAAACUUCCUUGGUGCACAGCCUCCUAUAAUGAUCGAAGAAGAGAAAGGAGCUACAUACACGGAUAAUCGUGAAAUCGAAGGACGAAUCUUUCAUCUUGCUAAAGAAUUCCAUGUUCCUCUCUUCGAAAAGGAUCCAGUAGUUGAGAAGCGGAUAGAGAGCCUUUACAGAAACUUCAAACUUUUCCUUCGUGCCAAAACUGAAUAUGAUAAGGAUAGGCGAGAAAUCUCCAGUAUUGAGACGCUUCCGCCACAGAUCAAAACACACUGCACACGUGUGGUGGAACAGUUGGCUGGUAUUGAUCAGCUGUUGGCGGAACGUGGGACGCGAUAUCUGCUCGGCCCAUCAAUGACGGAAUAUGACUGCGAAUUAAUGCCUAGAUUACACCACAUGCGUAUCAUUGGUCAAAGAAUGCUCAAUUUUGACUUCCCUCACAAUCUAACCUACCUGUGGAAUUACGUACUGACUGCGUAUCGAACAGCUGCCUUUAUCGAGAGCUGUCCAGCCGAUCAAGACAUUUUACAUCAUUAUAAGGAACAGCUGAACAUGUUCACGAAUCAACGUGAGACACUACAGUCACCGACAAAGACGCACACAAUUCCAGAAGAAGUACUACAUGACAUAAGGAAAAGCGGGCUGGAUCAGAACUAA